CAAGAUUUACAAUAUCGUAGUAAAAUGAAGCAAAGCAAAAUAAAUGCAGAACGAAAUAAAACUGGAGGAGGGACUGAAUCUAACCUAAAAUUAAGUACAACAGAGGCAACAACAUUAAAUUUAAUUUGUUCCACAAGUAUUAAUGGACACACAGAAAUAAACGAAAGUGAGGUUCACAUAGGAUCAGACUCUGAGAUACAUUUUGAAAUAAUUGGAAAUGAAGGGGAAUAUCUUCAGCAGAAUGUAGGAGAGUUGAUACAAAUUGGUGAACAUAAUAAUGCAGUCAAUAUUAACAUGGAAAGCACUGAAGCAAACAACAAUAAAGAUAAAGAAAAUUCAUUAAUUGAUAAUAGUGCAUACAAUUUAAAUGAAAAUGAUAAUAAUGGUUCUCCAACUACACCAAUAAUUAAAAAAAGGGAAAAAAAGUUAGACAAUGUUCAAUCUAUACAACAGCCAACAGAGAUACUGGCAGAAGUAGCAAAACAAACUUACCAAAUCCAAAGCUCUUAUUAUGACCAAAAGUUAAUAUUGAAGAAACGAAAGUUAAGACUUCAAAAAAGAUUGGUUAAUGCUGUUGAAAAAUGCAAUCCUUCAUAA